GGGAAGGGAGUACUCGCACGUCCUUGGUUCCGCGGUCGUGCGUGUCUGUUGCAGGGUUUGACCAUUAUGACCCUGAUCUUAAACUAAAAAAAGUGCUUGAGGAAGGGCAUGGUCGGAGUUCGGAAAUUAAAGUUACUGGACGAAUACAGUUGAAGUUUGGUUGUCCUGGCGAGUGGGACAGAAAUAAAUAAAUAAAUAUAUUUAUCAAACCACAGCCCCCCUGACUCGUGCAUAUUUACGGCCACGCAAGAAUGUUUAUUUAUAAUUGAAAUUGAAGGCCACGUCGUUUGUUCCACCAGAACGAAAGUCCUCGAUAAAUAAAUGAUACAAACAACAACGAACGUUUAAGUACCUCUUCCGUCAUCAACAAACGUUAACCCUUUAAAAACAAACGUUCCCCGACCUCACCGCAAUACUAAAAGAGGCGAAUAAAAGAAACGUAACUUAGGCUCUGCUACGUUCUCGUCUCCCUUAUCCACACUUGGCUGUGCACAUGCGAUCGUAGCACCAUAGAGAGAGAGAGAGGAAGAUUGCACUCUCACCACACACGCACCACCCGCUCGCCCUGGUCGCUGUGCCGCCAUGUUCCCGACGACGCAAAUGAAAAUCCUGGUGGGGAUCGGCUCCGUCUUGGUCCUGCUCUGUUCCAUCUUUAUCGGCGUUUUCCCUCUCAUCUUCCAUUCCAUUACUAGCAAG